AUGACCAGGAUAUUUGUGGACACCUUGAAGGACCCAUUCUUUGAUCGAUUAGUGAGCAGUGCAGCAUCUGACUUCGCACAUCUAGUCACAAUUGGAGACCGCAUAGAGAAGGGGUUGAGGGAUGGAAAGAUUCUAGGAGAAGUGACAACACCUAGCGCACCGAAGAAGUAUUCUGGAGGCUUCCCGAAGAAAAGAGAAGGUGAAACAAACGCCAUAUCCAGAAACUAUAAAGGGAAGCAACAAGCUUCAUAUGGUCAAGUCGCCACCGUGGUACCUAUACCUUAUCAGCAGCCAAUGCAGCAACAACAAAUGUAUCAACCACAACAUCAACAACAUCAUCAUCAGCAAAAUACCGCACCACCAAGACAAUUCAAGCCAAGGCCUCCAAGAAGGAAACUUGAUCCUCUACCAGUACCUUAUAGUCAGAUAUUCCCAUAUCUGCAAAAGGAGGGCCUUCUAACAUUAAGGGAGUUAAAACCAGUUGUUUUUCCAUAUCCACCAGGAUACGACGCUAACGCCCAUUGUGAGUUUCACAUGGGAGCACCUGGUCAUACCUUGGAGAAUUGCUUUGCAUUUCAGAAUCGGGUACAAGACUUGAUCGAAGCGAAAGCCGUCUCAUUCACUCCGAGACGCUCAAACGUGAACACCAACCCUAGGCCGACACAUAAGGAUGCUUCCGUUAGUGCCAUUGAGGAGAGUGAUCAAGGAAAAUUGAUCUGUAAGGUUGAAGAGAUUCAAACCCCUAUCACCAUGAUAGGAGCACAAUUGCUGAAGAGUGGUCUGAUCCCGGAAGAGCUGAUAAAUUGCCACGUCAAGAGCAAGCGCCAGGAAGAGAUAGUCGUGAUGGACAUCCCCUAUGAUGAGGUUAAAGUAGAAAUACCUAUAAGCCCGUUGGUGAUAGAGUUUUCGACACCAUUCGAAUAUAAAGAUGAGAAGGCAGUCCCGUGGAUAUAUCAGCCCAAAGCUUUUAAGCAGGGGCAGGAAGAUCAACCUUUGAUGAUCAACGAACCAAAUGUCACUUCAAUUAUGGGGCCAACAGGAAUGACACGUAGUGGCCGAAUGUUCACACCAAGAACCGCUGAUACUUCUGAAAGAGCUAAAGGGAAGGAGGUUGUUGUCCAGAUCCCCAUCCCUAAUCAAGGAAUGCAAGACAUGCAUCUGUCUCCUAAAGCUGUUGUCACUCGUGAGGAGGCUGAGCAGUUGCUCACUGAAUGUCAUGUCGAAGACAACUUUGAUAAAGCUGCCAAUGGAAGGGAUAAGUAUGAAACCUAG